CGCGCUAAUAUGGAGACUCAUGUGUUGAUAUUGCUCGGAAAAGGAGUCAAAACAGAAAGUACAACUCAAGAUUAUUGCCAUGGCUUGUAUCAAGGAUWUUCUUUAGUUCUGGAUCAGUUAAAACGAUUAGCUAAAAGAAAUAGUUGCGAAUACUUUACAGAUAGUAGCAACAACGAAGAUCCUGUUGUUGCCUUGCUUCAAAGUAAACAUCACCUGAACUUUGCACUCAGCUGUCCACAUUUUGCUGAGAGCUUAAUUAAGUUUUCAGAGAUUAUAAACACUUCCUCGUGGCUACAGUUUAACAAAGAAAAAAAUGGGGAGAAGGGACAGCUAMUUGAUAAUCUAGAAAAGCUAAAAAUGAUGUUACAGAGAAAAACUUUGCCCAAUAAUAGACUCAAAGAAAUGCAUGAUUCUGUAUCCAAAGAAGAUGAUGACAAUGAUAAUGACAGCUUUGUUGAGCAUUUGCAUCAACUUACUGACCUUCUUCCCAAUAAAGGUGAUGCUGUUGUCCAGAUUUACUGGAUUCUGCCUGAUUGUCAUGAUUUGAAUACCAGCAACACUCUACCAUUGUUUGGAGCYCURAAAAGRUUACAAGAAUGUCACAAUGCACUUCUUGAGAUUGUAUCAAGUGGUCCAGAGAUAAUGAAGGGUAGUUUUCUGGAUAUAUGGAAGAAGUGGUUAGUGUUUACYAUCUGCAAACAAGAUGACUUUAUGUUACCUGAUAUGCCGAUAUGGCAUGGCUCUCUGACUUACAUGGGGAAUGAGGAAAAUAAAUUACUAUCUUUGCCUGGAUUUGCUUUAAUUCAUGAUGUCAAAAACAGGAGGAAAUUGUAUCUUGAAUAUGUUGCAGACAGGGUGGAUUCCCCAAAUAGUCAACCAUCUUUACUUUUAUCUGACAUUCAACUUCUUCACUUUACUCCAAGAAACAGCAUUCCAAUAUUUUUGUUUUUGCCUUUCAAGCUAAGAUUACGUUUACUUUAUGAGAACGAUUUAAACUUGCAACAAUUCCUUCAAGAAUUAAAGCAUGCAUUUGCAAAGGGACUGUGCUUGUUGGCGUGUAUUACAUUAAAACCCAAACCUGAAAAAUYCUGCAAAACUAAUCUUAAAUCUUGGAUGGARUUUGUUAUUUCUUCAACUGAUGAYGAACAACAGCAGGAUUGCAGCAAUUCAUCAAAAAGUGGCUCUGCUAGACGACUGUGCGUGAUUGACAGGGACCACCAAGACGAUGUGUGUAUUUACCCAUUUCGUAAAACUGAGUCGAUCAAUGGAGGGUUAUAUGAACACCUUGAAAAUAUGACCAGAGGAAAACAAAUUAUGGAAAAUUCUCGACAAGGAAACGAGCUUUUCCUUAAGGAUCUGACCGACAACUUCAUCAAAGACCAGAAAGAGGCUGAUUUAAAUUACUUACAGGACGUUCGCGAUCAAAUUGAAAAACUAACAAAUACAAAUGAACCGCUUACAAACAAGAGUUUAUGUGAAAUAAUGAUCUCGRCUGAGAAAAGUUGCCCACCUGAUAAUAGUUCGARUCUUAAUUCACAAAAUAGUUUUCACCUCGACUUAUCAACGACUUCGACGAACGAAAAUUUACGUUGUGGCUCAGAUUUAACAACUUCACCAAGACUAUGGCGCGAAAGACUCUGGUUGAUGCACAAAGACCCAUCUAAACUGCAAGCACGAAGGAAGUCUCUCGCCGUUCCUCUUGAAGACGUGUUUUCUAUUAGUGCUAAGGAUAUUCUWAAACGUUUUCGACGCGAUGGAAGASCAGCAAAAGAUGAUCUAUCUCCUUUACGACCUACAAAUAAAUCAGAGAAUUACAUCAACAUCAAUACAACAGAGGCGACAAUACAAGAAACACAUUACCCUGAAUCGUUGAUGAAAAGAUUUCACGGAGUUGAGUACUGCUUGGAUUCCAGUUCGUCUCUAUCAAAAGAUACUCAGCUCUCUCAAACACAAAACAGCGUUAUAAGGCAGGAAACUUUGUCAUUAAGCAGUGAACUCAUUCCACGAACUUUUCCUAAAAAGACGAAAACUGCAGCUCAGCUGAAGCCGAAGAACAAGGUAUUGGAAAGUGCAGCAAAAAAAGAACCCCGGCAAAGCAGAUCAACCACUAAGAGAAAAUCUCCAUCAUCCAGCCAAACCUCGAAACAAAAACGAAAACGCRCUGAUUCCCCUGCAAGCAAAGAAGAAAACAGUAGUGAACUCACAAAAGCUCAUGAAACACGCAGUCAAAGACACAAGAGGAGGCUUAGACUGGUUGUUGACAAAACUCUUGAYGAAAAUGGAAUCAGSAAAGACAACUGCCUGUACACAUCGUGCUCAGAAAGACUUUACACUCUGAUUAAAAGUUUUCUUAAGGACUUGAAAUCUUCUUACGGACUCAACGAAACUAUGAAAGAACUCGCACGUAGUAAUGUCGAUCAGGUCAUUAACUUUGAGAAGACACGUCUGCGUUUACAAGAAAAAAAGCGCACUAAGUCACGUGACAAAUCUGUGUGCUAGAUCACGUGAUAUUGUAUAUGUACAUAUGUAUAUGAAAUGAUAAUUUAAAUUUAUAUAUCAAUAAA